AUGUUCGCUUCAACAUUGAAUCAUGCAGAAGAAUUUCUGAAAAGUAUAUGCUGUGAUCAAUGUCAUCAGCUAUCGGAUAAGUUACAGUUUAUUGGAUCAUCAUGCAAGCAUGUUUUUUGCUGGACAUGUGUCAACACAAUUUGCGAUGGAAAGUCUUUCCCAUUAUGUCCACAGUGUUUACUACCCGUUGGAUUACAGCAUAUGAAGUCCGCCACUUUUGCUGAUCAGCUUUUCCAAAAUCUUUUAUCUCUGAAAGAAACUCUAUCUGACUUUACCAUUUCCCAGUAUGAUCGACAAGUUAUGCUUAGUCUAGUUGAAACAGAUAAACAGCGAAGAACUGUGGAAGAGUUUUGUUCUACGCAGGAAUGUGUUAAAAUCGAAGACGAUGUUAAUCAUACGAACAUAAAUGAGCAACGUAAUGGAUUACCGUCAGAAACAUCUCCUGUUUCGAGUGGUAAUGUUUUGGACCUUGUUUCGCUAUCAGGCGAUGUUACACCAUCCACGAAACUAAAUGAUACUGUUAUUGCUAGAACUUCUAUCCAAAAUGAUGUUAUAAUGACUCAGCAAUUACGUGUUUAUGAUGAACCAGAGAAAUUUCAAUUCUUCAAGGAACCACCCCGAAAUACUUUUGGUAGAGCUGUAGCAAAGAAAAGGACGUCAACUGAUUCCGAACUUGGAUUGAAAAAUUGGGGCGCUAAAAAUCUAAGUACAAUCCCAUUAAAAACAACAAUAGCACAAAAUUCUCAUAAAUCACCAGUUCAACGAUAUGAAUAUAAUCUAGUGAAUGCAACUAUACGCGGAUCAAAAAAAAAGCUUUUGGAAGCUUUAAAGAAUGGAGAAGAUGCUAAUGAAAGUGACAAUCUUGGUUUCACGGCGCUUUAUCAUGCUGCAGCUCAUAAUUACACUGAAAUUUGCAAAAUUUUGAUUGAAAAUGGUGCUCUCAUCGAUGCGCAUGGUGGAGAGUUAUGCGAAACAGCUCUUCACGCAGCUGUGCGUUGGCAGGCUGUUGAUGUUGUAGAAUACUUGUUAUCAAAGGGAGCAAAUAGACGAGCGCGUAACUUAAAAGAUGAAACACCAAUGGAUUUGAUUAAAGAUGAUGAAAUGCGAGCAGUUUUUGACAGAAUUUCCCAUCCGAUUCAAAUGGUAUAUCCUUCUCGAAAAUCCAAAAAAUAUUCUGUCUUCCUAUCGACAACAUUACCGAAUUUAAACAUUGAACGUGGCAAACUUUCAUUCAGUGAUCUGUUACAAAAUACUAUGAAUUUAGAAAAUGCCACACAUUUUGUUGUUCAAGCAGGGAAAAACCGAGCAACAGAAAUCAAUGUUGAAAUUUUGGAAGCUAUGCUGCGUGGACAAUAUAUUUUAACCAGUGAAUGGUUGAAUGCAUGUUUGGAAGCAAAUGACAUCGUAGAUGAAGAGUUGUAUGAAAUUUCAACAAUUAUUCGUAAUGGUCAACUGCUUGCUAAAAAUUCAUGUUCUACAGCCAGAAUAAAUUAUGCUAGAAUGGAGCCAGAGCUUUUUCGAGGAUGUCACUUUUAUUUUUGCAAGCAUAAAUACUUACCAUAUCGAGAAAAUGAAGUCAAGAAACUAGUUCGAUUAGCUGGAGGUGUAAUACUUGGAAGAGAACCCAAAAUAGAGGAAUAUAUCGAGAGUGGCUUAAGGCCAUAUCAUGCGAAAAGAGCAGGAAAUAAUUUGAAUGAGCUGUUUGGUUUAUUCGUAGUGUAUAUGCCAGGCCAGUCUAUUCCACAACGGGUUACGAAGCAAAAAUUUAUCAGCCUUAUUACGCCAAUUUGGAUAAUGGAAUGUAUCGCGAAAUUUACACUUUUGCGACCCGAAGAUCAAUGA